CUAUGUACUCUGUAGAGAUCACUGUGGAGAAGGACAAACUCACAGGGGAGACCAAAGUCCUGUCCAGCACCACUAGACUGCCCAAAGAGAACACAGUUCAGGGAGUCAAAGUGUACGAGGACGAGCUGAAAGUGGUCCAUGCAGUCCGUACCGAAGAUGGAGCUAUUGAGAAUGGUGUCCACCAGCUCAGCUCAUCCGAAGUGGAUGAGCUCAUCCAUAAAGCCGACGAAGUGACCCUGAGUGAAGUCUCUGAGAAGGCUGCCAAAGAGGCCCAAAGCAAUCUCCCAAGCCAGAAGGUCACUCCCCGGAAGGAAAUCACAGGUGUGCAGGCUAAACCAAUGGAGAGCCCAAAGCUUGCGGGUGACGGGCCAGAGCCUAGCAAAGAACAACCCGUCACCAUGAUCUUCAUGGGCUACCAGAAUGUGGAAGACGAGAAUGAGACCAAAAAAGUGCUGGGGCUGGAAGGAGAGCAAAUCAAGGCCGAACUGGUGGUGAUAGAAGAUGCUGAGAAUAAACAAGCGGGAGACCACACAGCAGAUCACGCCCCACCUAAUGGCAGCGCGAUGGAACCCUUGACUCAGAAGGAGGAAAACCAAGUUGGAGCACAGCCAUCGGCCAAUGACACGGACCCCAAAGGAGCAGACCAGGAUCUUGACGCGAAGAAACAGCGUUGUAAAUGCUGCUCGGUUAUGUAAGAGGCCCUUGCCAAGCCCCUCCCUCAACUGUACAGCCAAUCAGGACUGCCUUUUCCCAUCAUUCUCACCUGGACACCUUGACUCCGCCUCUCCAGUCACCUUCUCAGUUCUACAAAGGUCUGAGUUCAAAGUGUUGCUAUUUUUACUUAACAAGAUGUGCUAUUUGCAUCCCCCAAGGAUGUUUUUCCCCCUUAUUUUCAAGUGACUGGGGGAAUAUAAGUGCAGUGCUGGUGAAAUCAUGUAAAAUAGCCAACAAUGACACUAAAUUGCCAGUCUGUUUUUUUUCCCCUGCCUCCAUUAAUUCCUUUAUUAAUUAUUUCAUAAAGGAACAGACCCAAAAUCUAAUGAUGGAAGUGAUCCAAUCAGUCCAGUCCCUGUUCUUUCUUAUUUGGACAUUUUAAAUUGUAAUGGUUGACUAUACACGGAGACCUUUUGAUUAGAAACGAAAAAGAGUGAAUGCUUCCCCACAGUUCAGCCCUGUUUCCACUUUCUGAAAUGUUUAAAGAAAGAAAAUCAAUUGAUCAAGAAAGGAGACUCACGAUUCUUGGUUUCCUCUUGAAAUUUCUGAAUCUUUUGAAAUCCAAUUAUCUUUGAUAUCUCCCAAAGUCCUUCACAUCCUAAUUUCCUUAAGGAUACUGGUAACAAAAAUCUGUGAAGAUGUGAAGAUCAGAAAACUAUCGAACAAACCAAGUUUUUCACAAGUUUUAAAAAUACGUCAACUCAUUUUUUUUUGGUGCACCACAGAACUUGGUCCUGAACCAAAGUAUCCAGAUGUUAGAAACAUCUUCGCCUCCAAAAUAAUUCCAUGACAUCUUCACAAGAAUUUAUUGGCCUUCCCAUCCUGUUGAUUGCAGGAGCUUUGACAAGGAUGUAAUUGUUGAGCUUUAAAGCUCUGAAAAAGAAAAAACUGGGUUGAUUUUGUAUGUUUCCCCCCCAAAUGUUAUGAUGACAGAUACUCUGGACUAUAAGACUCUAGGGCUAUAAUUGAUGUCCAAGUAGACUUUAUGAUUCAGUGAACAAUCCCAGUCGAUAAUAAGAAUUACUGACGCUAAAUGUAUAUUUUGUGGCUGCUAGACCAGUCUUCCCCAACCUAGGACUUACACAUUGGACCAUUUGGCUACAGAUGAUGGGAACAGUCAUCUAACACAUCGGAAGGGCAUCUAGAUUGGGGAAGAUAUGAUGGAUUCCGUCAGUAGAACAGAGAGCUGGGCUGGGCUGUCAGGUGCUCAGCAUCGGACAAUGUACUUGCAAAUAGUUAAAAGAGUAACAGGUAGAAGACCAGCCCAAUGAAAACCCCAGGCCAGACUGGUGGGGGGAAUGGGAAGGUCAAAGGCUUCCCUGUUAGAAGUGGCAAAAUGCAUUUAAAACCAACAGUAAGCAAAGACACAGAAUGGGAUAUCAUUUGGAGGCAAAAAGGAGAAAUUCUCAGCCAUUGGCACAAAGUGAGUAAUAGUGGAACUGUAGAAGAGGUAGAAUUGGUGCUAGCCAACUGGCACUAUGGCUCCUGAUAAGCUGAAUCACAGAGAAAGGUCCCUGAUAUCAAUUUGGGGGUUGGGCAUUGUUUUGAAAGUACUUCCUUCUCUCUGCUUCCCCCUUAAGUCCUUUAAGGGAAAAAGUGCCCUUGGCAUGAUUAGAUAUUUAACAACAAGUCUUCUCUUCCUUCCUCCUCAUCUCUAUCUGGGCCUUUCUCAUUCUUAUUUACAUCCUUUAAAGGGUUCUUCAGUUCAAGGCUGCUUCGCAAACAUCUCUUCUAAUUUGUGGUGCAGGGGUCAGCAACCUGUGGCUCUGGAGCUGCAUGUGGCUCUUUCAUCCCUCUGCUGCGGCUCCCUGUCGCC